CUGUCUCGUUCUUUUUCGCGUUCGACGUUCAAGGCAAUCAGCGCAUCAGCAACUCCCGGCUCAGUCGAGCAGGCUCCAUGCUCGUGGGCUGCUCAAAGCAUGCACAUGCAGCACUGUCAGCCAGUCUGCGGUCGACUGCAACUGCCGGCUAUGCGACUGCCGUCUCCAUCCCGCGCACAGCUCGAGCAAAACGGCGAGCAAAACAGCGUCAACCGAGCCCGGCUGAGCGAGAAGCGCUCGUUCAGAGGCGUGACCAAGAGGCGCAAUCCCGCAUGAACCUCAUAGACUCUGCACGAGAAGAGGAGAGCGACCCGCGCACGGCAAUGCGAACGUUUAAGCAGAGCCAGACUUUAUCGACAGAGCAGAUUAUUCGUAGACUGAAGCAGCAGCAGCUCCCUCCGGACGCUACCUGGGCUGUACUACUUGCGUUGGAAGCGAGAGGACAGUCACACUUGCUCGCGAGCGAUAUACACUUGCUCAGAGCCUUGCUUAAGCAUGUCGCGCCCAUGCUACCCGUCGACGUUAAGGCGCACAACUACGAAGCGAAAGAAGCCCUCGCAGCCCAAGCAGAAGAGCGCUUCACUUUCAUUUUCGAUCUCAUGGCAGGCUAUCAUGCCAAAGUAGCGGCGGAAAGUAGGGCAGGAACCUAUACCAACACCGGCGACUUCCAUCUCGUCAUGCGCUAUUACGCAGAGAUUGGCUAUCCUGCAGGCUGCGAAAGACUCAUGAGGUGGUUUGUGCCCAAAGACGUGACGUACCGUCUCGCGCUACAAUCUAUCGCACGCCAUGUAGCGACCAGAGCCGACGCUGCACGCUUGGCAUCCCUAUCGAAAUGGCCUUUUCCCAGAGCCGCACGCGAGACUCACAGAUUACAAGUCGAGUCUGCCAGACAGCAGUGGGCUUCGUUUGCCGUGCAAUGGCUAGACGAGGCAAUCUCCUGGCGAGCAGAAGCUGCAAAAGGCGUCAAUAGCCUCGGCCUCUCGCACGAGAUCAAGACGAUGCAUGCCGGCCUCCAGGCGGUCGCACACACUUGUGACCUCUCUACCUUCAAGACCGUCGUCAAAGCUCUCUUCCAUGUCGACGUUGACUUUCCGGACACACUCGUCCGGCCGGUGCGACAGGAAGGCCAUACUGAUUCCAUCCGAGCCGUCCACAACCCUUGCAGAUUUGAUGCCGAAGUCUUUACGACAGUCAUCGCUCGACUGGCACGGGAGGGCGACGUAACCAAGCUGGUCGCUUUCUACGAGGUCAUGCACGAGCCUUCAUUGCCAGGUCAGCCGCGUACCGGAAGCUUACGCUAUCCGCUCGUAUCGACAAAGGCAAUGUAUCAUCUCCUCGACGCCCUCGUCAACGACUCGCGCCCUCAUUUGAGUUUAGCGACGCUCUAUGCCAGCGAUUGGGCAGACCGCGCCCGCAGACAAUGUCUAGAGUGGCUACAAGCUAUCAGAUCAGGCGCACCCACGCCAGAGGUUGCCAUACGAUUGCGGUCGAGCGAUGUCGCCAUGCUCUACGACUCUCUCAGUCUGAAUUUUGACCGCCAAUUUGCCGAUACGAUCAUCGACAGGGUUAUGAGGCCGCUCAUGCGGGUCUACCGGACACUCUCUGACUGGCACUCUUUUCACUCGGAUGAGCUCAGGCGGCUGUCCCCCGACGAACAAGCUCGUGUUUUGGAGGAGAUGGCAUACGUCAAGCGCGAGCUAGCGCUGCUGACGCAUAUGACCGAGGAUGCGGUGCGUCUCGCAGAUACGCGUUCGGCUGGUCAACACGCCUAUCGCGAAGGACGACAGUUGCGAAUUGCGGAGCGUAUGCUAUCUGGACUCAAUGGCUCUGGCGGAGAUAGACGGACAGCCAUCGAUUAUUUCACCCACAGACUUGCAAAAGACCAGCCCAAAACGUUUGCAAAGCAGCUCAAGGCAGGCUCGAGCGAGGCUCUGGCUCACGUUGAAUACCUCGUUGCUUCUCGCGAAGUUGCGUUUCGCAAGUGGGACGAGAAAUACACGCGUCGGAGGGUCGCCGAUGCCGCCUUGCAACCUGCCGCUUCUCUGUUGCAGCGUGCCAAAAUGAAGAGUUCACAGACUCUGCUCGCCUCGCCCGAGCUUCCAGACCAGGUUCACAUCGCGCAAAGCAAGACUACGCGACUACCGCCACCUGCUGCACCGACAGAGCCAACACACACACAUACGAGUGCUACUUUGCAAUAGUUCAAGCUGCAAUGACUUGCGUAACGACGGCCGUCGCUGUCGCUGUGAUCGUGUAGAAGGAUGCACUGUUCUUCGUCUGUCUCGGUGUAGCAGUGCUCGUGUGUGUAACGGUCGUCCAGGCUGUGACGGUUGGUCGACCGUGUCGCGUCAAUGAAGCUGACGAGACACUCUUCGUGCUGGUCGUGAAAGUGUUGAUCCCGCUUUCAAGCGGUGUAGUUGAGCUUUGCGUUUUCGACCGCACUGACGAGCUGAUCGUCUGAUCAACUGAGCUAGCGAUGGCGCUCGAGUCUGAUGAUGAUGCCGUGC